AUCUCUGUGUACCCAAAUGAAAUGAAAAGAAUCCCUAAAAUUUCUCUUCCUCUCCCCGUCCUUGCCAUUUCUGUCGGCAUGAAAUUUUAGGGCUCCUCCCUCCGUCGCCGUGAUCGCGUCCCUUCCGGCGAUGUCCUCCAUCGGCUCCGGCGAGCUCUACGCCGCCAUCGCCCGCCUCCGCCAGCGCUUCGACCAGCACCGCAAGCGCAAGCUGGACGACUAUGCUCCCCUCUCCUCCCCUUCCGCCGCCGCCGCGGACUCCGACUCCGACGAAGACCAGGAUUCCUUCCCCCUACUAAAGAUGCACAAGCUCGGCUCCUCCUCCUCAUCCUGCGCCGCCGGAGACGAUCAUCCCUCUCAGCUUAGGCCUUACCCUUCCUCUUCCUCCUCCUCGACCCUUCAUUUCUUCGUUCGGUUGAUGUCCCGGAACACGGUCGUGAUCCACGCCCGCCCGGACGACACUGUCGACUCCGUGAUCGACCAGCUCCAAUCCAUCACCGGCAUCCCCACCUCGGAGCAGCGUCUUCUGUACCGCGGCCGCCAGCUCCAGGGCGAGGCCACCCUCGCCGCCUGCGCCGUCGAGAACGAUGCCAGCCUCCAGCUCACCGGCCGCCUCCGCAGCACCAAGUACCCCAGGGCCUGGCAGAUCGCUGACGACCUCAUCGCCUCCAUCUGCUCUCUCGACUCCAUCGGCAACGACCGCGUCCACGGCACCAGGACCAACGUCGAGGGCCUCAUCAAGCGCUUCCUCGUCCUCACCUGCAACAUCUUCGAAUCCAACCGCGAGGAGGCGGCCGCCCACCUCGAGGUUUUCACCUUGUCCGGCGCCCCCUCCGCGCUCGUCAAGCUUUACCUCUCUCCGGUCCACGACAACCGCCUCGUCGCCACCAACGCCAUCAAGAUCUUCCUCCAUCCCAACCCCGACUUCCUCCCGGAGGACAUCCAUGUGCAGUGCGCCCCGAUCGUUCUCAAGUUCUGCAAGAUCCUCUCCGGAACGGUCGGCAAGAAGGACCCGCAGUACACCCAGUGCCGAAGCGCGCUGGCCUCGCUUCUGGAGGCAGCAGGGGGCGCGAGGUACUUGACCCAUAUGAAGCCCCUCGAUAUAAUCCUCGAUCUGCUUGGUUUCAUCAGCGAGCUCACUAAGUUGGUUCUCUCGGAGCUGUCGGGUUUCAUGCUCAACGAGCAGCCUGGUCUCGACGAUCUCUCCAAUUUCCUAGCUGCCAUGCGCUGGGCGAUCCAGGACUGGAUGGGCAUGGAAGGGCCGAUUGCGAGGCAUUUGUAUAACAGCAAGCACCCGGAGUACGAGGAUUGGAUUGGUUCGCUGCAUCAUCUGUUCAUAGAGCUCCUGAAGAUGGUCGACCAGGGCCUGAAGAGGGUGGAGGACUGUAUAAACCAGGAAGGGCUGGAGAAGUGCGAGUCCUUUCUGACCAUGUGGCCCGACAUCGUCGCUGUUCUGUCCAUAGCAAAUGUCUUUGCCAAGAUGUUUGAGGAUGCCCAGCAAUUGCUCCAUGCGCUUCUUUUGGUGCGGCGAGUUCCAGUGAACUUUCUGCUUAAACAUGCUAAGAGGAGCGAUAAGCUUCGCUGGUUUCUCAAGUAUAAGGAUGUGACUGAUUUUGAGGCGAGGAGGAAUUUGGUGCUGAUGCUGCUCCCUGAAUGGAAGGAUGAGGACGAUCUGCAUGAAAUGCUUAUUGACAGGUCGCAGUUGCUGGCUGAAUCUUUCGAGUACAUCAACCAAGCAGAUCCCAUGGCACUGCAUGGCGGGCUUUUCCUGGAAUUCAAGAACGAGGAGGCUACAGGCCCUGGUGUUCUGAGAGAGUGGUUUUGUUUAUUAUGCCAAGCAAUUUUCAAUCCACAGAAUGUCCUAUUCUUGCCAUGCCCCAAUGAUCGUCGACGAUUCUUUCCAAAUCCUGCAUCUGCUGUGGAUCCUUUGCACCUCAAAUAUUUCAGCUUCACUGGACGGGUGAUUGCAUUAGCCUUGAUGCAUAAAGUGCAAGUAGGCAUUGUGUUUGAUCGUGUAUUUUUCUUACAACUAGCUGGGAAAUCAGUUACCCUUGAAGAUAUAAAGAAUGCAGACCCAUGCUUGUAUAUUAGUUGUAAACAGAUUCUAGAUAUGGAUGCUGACCUUAUCAAUUCAGAUGCUUUGGGGUUAACAUUUGUCAGAGAAAUCAAUGAACUUGGUUCUCAAAGGACUAUUGAACUCUGUCCUAUGGGAAAGGAUAUUGUUGUAAAUAGCAAGAAUAGAGAUGAGUAUGUCAACCUCCUGAUUCAACAUCAUUUUGUUACAUCUAUCUCUGAACAAGUAACUCAUUUUGCUCAAGGUUUUGCUGAUAUCCUUUCCAAUUCAAAGCACCAUAAGUUUUUCUUUCAAAGUUUGGACCUCCAAGAUUUUGAUCGAUUGAUAGGCGGAAGUGAUAGCGUCAUUAAUGUGAAGGAAUGGAAAGCACAUACCGAGUAUAAUGGCUACAAGGCAAAAGAUCGUCAGAUUUGUUGGUUCUGGAAGAUUGUUGAAGAGAUGUCUGAGGAGCAGCGGAGGAUACUUCUUUUCUUCUGGACAUCAGUGAAAUACUUGCCUAUUGAUGGUUUUCGUGGCUUGGGUUCUAAACUGUAUAUUUAUAGGUCUUUGACUUCCCAAGACUCUCUUCCCACGUCGCACACAUGCUUCUUCCGCCUGUGCCUCCCUGCAUAUAAAUCCAAAUCCAGCAUGCAAGACCCGCUCCGGCUGAUUACUCAAGAACAUGUGAGCUGUGGGUUUGGUUUCUGGUAGCCGAUGGACGACAAAGGGAAUCUGUGAUGUCUGUACAGAUAUAUGAUCACAAAAUUAUGUUCAUCAUCGGAUUAUGUAAGCAAUUGCUAUAUCUUCCAUAUCAGUUAUCUUUAUAGAAAAUAAGAAUUUUCUGUUCUUUUUUUUUUAGACCUAUUUACAGUUUUAGCAGUAGAUAGAAAGAAUUCUCCAUAGGAAGUAAAAAAAGAUGAAGGUAAAGGGGAUCUCUAUGUUGUUGUGGCGGUGGUGUUGGGUUGUUGGGGGUUUGGGGGUCAAAAUACUCUCAAUACUGACAGCAAAUUUGAGGGAAAAGGACUAGCAUUUCUCAUUCUGUUAAUGAUGUAAACUUUAUUCCAUGUUACUCAGGAGUUGUACAGAUGAAAUUUAUUGGAUAUUGAUGAAUUGCUGUUAGCGCUUAA